AUGCAGGGUCCUCAAGAUGUCAACCAGCUGUCAUCGCAGUCAGACAAAGUCGGCUGGAUCCGCAAGUUCUGUGGCAAAGGGAUUUUUAGGGAAAUAUGGAAAACCCGUUUCGUGAUACUGAGAGGAGACCAUCUGUACAUCUCCGAAAAAGAGGUAUGGACUUCUCUUUUACCUCCAAUAGCAUGUGUAGACUAUAAUUGUGUCUAUGCCUACAGUGGGCGCACACACCUGUACUUUAAAUUGUUAAACUGCCUGUGUGUGUGUGUGUGUGUUUGUGUGUGUGUGUGUGUGUGUGUGUGUGUGUGUGCGCGUGCGUGUACAGGACUGUGCUUGUGUGUGGGUACAUAUGAACAUUUUAUUUAGUUUGCCUGUACUGCCUUAGACAGUUCAGGUUUCCUUUGUUGCAGGCUCAGCUUGCCUCAGUAGAGAUGCUUUUGUGUGUGUGUUUCUGCGUAUGUGUCUGUCUGUCAAUGUGCCACACAGUUGAAAGCCAAUGAACUACAAAUACCACAUAGCCUGUUUAAGAUGCACCAUUAAGAUGACAGCUUUGACAGCAAACAUGGAUUUAACUUUUUAGCCGUGGAAGGACAUCUUGGGUUUCAGAGUUCUGAGGAACUUGUUUUGAGAAAAUAGCCUUGCAUGUAACCUACACCUGGGCUUUCAGCUCUUGGUCUGUUGUUUCCAACAACAAAUUUAACCAAGGGUCCUUUAGUUUUGAAUAGCCAGAUGUUAGAAGUCAGGAAAAUCGAGGAUAGGGUCGCCAUGGAAAGGGAAAAAAUCUAACUGAAUUUCCUUGGCUGUUGAAAAUAAAUAUGCUAAAUUGUCAAAUCUAUUCACCAUGCAAGCACAAAAUAAUGAUGUGCUGAAUUCGGAUUACUUUCACUGGCUCAAACGUGCCCAACUUUUGAGGUCAACAAAAUACCCACUGGGCACAGACGGUUCAACAUCUAUUCCACAUCGGUUGAACAUAAUGUCAUUUAAAUGUUGUGGAAACAACGUUGAUUCAACUAGGCAAAUUUAGAAUACUUUCCAUUACAAUAAAACAACAGGUGUUGGCCAUGGCGUAGAAAGAUAACUAUUUUGUUUGGCUGAAAGUAGGCUUAUGUCCAAGUGCUUUUAUCACAUGAAAGGUUCCAGUGGACAGCCUCAUUAUCAGUACAAGUUUCGAGAUCAAAUAACCUAGAUGUUAAACCUUAAGCUGUAGCGAAUUCACACCCUUCAUCUACUGUAUUCUGUCAAAAGGCACUGAACCAUCACCAUGGACAGGGCAUGGACAGGGCAUAGAACGGGCAUGGACAGAAUCAUACCCCCCAUUUCUGCAUUCUCUUUUUUUUGGGGGGGUGGGGGCUGUUUGAGAUUCUGUUUGAUAUCGCUGUUUCAAUACUCCUCCCACAAGCAGUAACCAUGGAGAUAAACGCUACUGACAGCUGAGGGGGCACAGGUCUUUCUGAAAGCUGAAUAAUGCCCUUCAAAUGAUUCCUAGAAAGGAUUCCCAGAACAGCGAAUGAAAGUUCCACAUUAGGGGCUGCAUAUCUCUAUUGCUCUAAUGAAAGAGUGAGUGGGACUCAGGGCUCCAGCAGCACGCAAUGCCAGUUUCCCCGAUAAUUUUAGAACCAGAGUUUAAAGUAUUUUUUAUUCUGUGCCCUGCUCCCUUACAGCCUGCUGGAUGAGCAACAAACGUGUCAGAAACUCAAAAGACCAUGGCUAACGCAGCUGCGCCUCUCGCUGUGCCUGAGGAUCCCCAAGCACCCAAUGCCUCCACCCCUCAACCCUACCUCAUACACAUACACACACACACGCUCAGCUGAGGUUCAGUUGCUUUGUAAUGCCAUUACCAUCCUCACCUGUGGAACAGAACGCAUCAAUUCAGCGUAGUUAACGUUAGUUCUCUUUCUUUCUCUCUUUAUCGUGUCUCUCACACAUGCUCUGUAAUUUGUUGGAUGUUAUAGUUAUGUUAUGUAAUGCACCUAUGGGUCGUUCUACACCUACAAUUCGAUUUUUGUUAAGGGGCCAUUUUUAUAUGUAUGUUGGUAAGUGGCGUGCUAGCUAUUUGGUAGCUUUCAGAUAUUUUAUUUGCCACACCCUAGUUCUCUUUCUUUCUCUCUUUAUCGUGUCUCUCACACGUGCUCUGUAAUUUGUUGGAUGUUAUAGUUAUGUUAUGUAAUGCACCUAUGGGUCGUUCUACACCUACAAUUCGAUUUUUGUUAAGGGGCCAUUUUUAUAUGUAUAUUGGUAAGUGGCGUGCUAGCUAUUUGUCAGGUGAAGGUAACUGCACCCCCAGUGAGAACUAUUUGACCUGCGGGUACUUGUGCGUGUUAUGUGCUCUGCUUCAACUUCUUAACCACUUGAUUAAUGGUGGUGCAUUAUUCAAAUGGCACUUUGAAAAGACAAGCACGCUGUUCAUGAAGUAGGCCAGAAGGCUAAGAUGAACACUGAGGCUUUUGUAUCUUCGACACUCAGCGUGACUACAGCCGAACGGCCUCUUGAGGCCCGGGAUAAUCUUUUCAUUUUCCUGUAGAGUCCCGUAUUUGAGUUUGAUGUAAUGGCUUAUAGACGUUGAGUGCUAUCAUGUCGUUAGCGAGUUAGAUGUGUUAAACACUUGCGUUAAUACAUGACCAACAUUGCGGUUUAAUUUUAUCUGCAAUUGAUUGAAUUGUGGCAUGAGUGUGCAAGCUGGCAUUGACAGUAUCCAAUUGUCUGCUGACUCAUAAGAUUAGCUACAUAAACUCGGGGAAGGACAGUAAGCAGGUAUACUGUUAUAUUACCUCUAAGCAGUUCGAUGUGUGAGAGAUUAUCAUAUGAGGAUUUGCAACCAUGCAACUGGGACUCUGAGAAGUUAACUACUGGUGACAUUACUCUGUACUACCCCAGAUUAUUCCAAUUUACUUCAUACUUUGACCACAAAUAAGAGCGCAAAUAUGUAUCUAUCUGUUCUCCUGUCUUAUCUGUUUGAUGUUUUUAUUGUGAAGGAGAAAAGGGUGGUGAUAUUUUAGAGGGAAAUUCAGAGAGAGAACUUCUGCGGCUGGAGGGCAUAUAGUCUGGAGGUCGGCAGCGCUACCACGAGACCCCGGCGCAGAACAUAAAUAUAAUUUGAAGACUAUUGAAUUUCAUUGCCUCGCGGUUACUUAGCAGUGUCAGGGGAAAUGACUCAGGGAACAGCUACAGUAUUUUUAUGUUGAAAAUGUCAAGAUAUCAUUAAAGGUUUCAUCAUCUCAAAGAGCCCGGUAACUGCGGGUGUAUUUUUUGUCAAAUGCGGACUCCGCUACUGCUCACAAUGAAAAUCUGUGGAAAACCAGGAUUUUGAAUUAUUUUGAUCGUCAGCUCAAGCUUACCAUAAUAGGCUACAGAGCCAUUGGGCAGACAGUCAUGAUGCUACAAGAACAUGCCGUACACAACACAGGAACUGCAUAGAUGUGUGUGUUACAGUGAGGUCUGUUCUUCCAUAGAAGGCCAUGUGUUGUGUGUGAAAAGUGUACAGUAUGUUGUCAUAGUUGAGAAUGAGAUGCGUGUCCGUGUGCUGAGAGUGGAUGUUAUGGAGGAGUGUGUCCUGUCUCUGCUCCGAUGAUAUUAACCCUGUAUAUUGCUCUGCUCUCAUCGUACAGCUGUGCUAUUGGCUGCAGGUUACACACAUCAUACAACUUUUAUAUGAGCACUCUCUGUUCUCUUCUCUAGUCUUGUGAUGAUAGGAGGCUUUACACGUGCAGACAGAGAUGCUCCUGUAGAAUGCUCCACGUGCUUCUACUCAAGCACUCAAUCAAUGAUCUAUGUGAAUAAUUGAUGGGAUUUCCACCUAUGUUUAUAUAUAUAGAGAGAGAGGUCUUUAUGGUUUUCAAUGGUGAUGUGCACGGCAUAUGAAAGAGAACACUCAAACAAAACAGGAUUUAGAGCAAGAGAGUGAAGCUUGUAUUCAUCAGAUACUGUAUGACCAAGGCCAGGUGGUACUUGAGGUAAUAUUUUAGGCCAUGCAUUAAAGAAAUGUGGUGACGCAGUUGGACAUGUGUUUUGUAGUUGGUCAAGAUCUUUGUGAUUGAUGUAGCUUACAGAUACUGUUGCAAUGUGAUUGGCAUAACAUCGGUGACAAAGUUUUGUGAUUGAUAGAGAAACCCUGUGACUGGAGGAGCUUAGCAUAAAAUUGGACUAACACACCUCUAAAAUUGGUCAAGGACCACACAAGUGUUGUUACUGGUUCAAUCGAUCAAUGUGAUCAGUGGAGAACUGGGUUGUUAGUGAAACCCGUAAGUAAUUUGGAAAUAGUUCAAGAUGACUGGUCAAGCAUAUCACAUGGUCAAUGUAACAAAGCUAUAUGAUUGGUGCAGGGAGGCCAUGGUGGUUUAGAUUUCCAAACGAGUUAUUUCAGGAAAGCCUACUGGUCAGUUCUGGGGAAUAUUAUAUUUAUAGUAUUAUAUUAUAAAUAAACCAGCCUCUUUAAACUCCCCAGCUUUAAACUACAUCACAUUUUCCGCAGUGAUUGAAAAUAUGCUUUUAAUCCACUUCCCCUCUUAAUUCCAACCUGGUUUAUAUAAACAUAAAACCCUCUAGGACUUGAUUACAGGGUAUUAACAGCAUGUCAACCAGAUUUUGGAGUGUGACCAAUCGGACAUUGCCUUUCCAUUCGCUCUAGGUUUUUCCCUCCCACAGUACUGUUUGAUGGGCUGCCACCGGCUAGUAUAGACUUUCUUGAUCUUUGCGUUUCAGGGCUGUAUGUUACUGGGUUAUUCUUAGUGGUGGGUAUUUUACCCCCACUACCACCCCCAACUCUGCUUUUCCAUAUACGUAGCAGGAGGGGAUUGAAAUAUUGAUGGGAUGGUGGGGGUUCCAGAAUGGAUCCUCAGGGCUUCUUUUGCCCCAUAUUAUAGUUGUGAGCCUCCCUCUCUCACACACACACACACGAUGCAGACAUGCACGCACACACAUACAGCUCAUGUUUAUCUUUUACAUUUUAAAUGCAAUUUGGGUGGUUAAUGAAGAUGUAGCAGCAUGCGGUGGGACACAGUUUGGAUCUGUGUUUUGUCAGGAAGAAAUUGGACUACACUUUGAUGUAUGUAUUGUCCCCAUUUAGUGUAUCGCCAAGCAUAAUAAAGUUCCUCAAUGAAAUUAAAAGACAAAUGGUCAAAUUUAGCACACAAAUAAUAACAGCCCUAAGAAGGGCAUUUCAGGCUGCAAGUGGGUUAAUGGUGGUUGAUACUAGGCUGCGACACAUUAUUUAAUUAUACCGUAUGUGGUUGUUUCUUUGAUCACAGAAACUCUCUGAGUUGCUCCGUGUCUCUUUCUAACGUUGGAAGAUUCCUCUGAUGCACGGCUCUGUUGCUGUGGAAAAGCUCUAUGCAUCAAGAUGAAAGUGGAACACCCCUCCACUUUCCCAACACACACUCACAUCCAACCACACACACCAUUGCUGUGUGUACCAAUGGCGUUCAACCUUGUCUCUCUGCGUCUCCUUAGGUUCUCACAAUAGACCUACACAUAGGCUUGUAUUCAUGUCAAUAACCAACUCCCAACACCUCCAAACACACACACACACCAUGACCCCCAAUGACCCCGUUGGUGUGUGGAAGCUAAUGAGGCCCUCUGGGAGGUCCCACCACUCUUGAGGUUGUAUGGCCUGUCAGGCUGAAUGGAGGGGUCGAUGUCUCUGCCCCAGUGCUGUUGAUUAGAAUUGAUCUGCGUUUAAAUUAGAUACUUUGCUGCGGGGCCACGAGACCAAUAAUAGGAGGCAGGGGAGUAGCACAGGAACAAUGGCGGCAUUGGGAAGCUGGUUUUUGAAAAUAAACACAUCUUUCGAUGCUCUGGGUAAAAGUAUGAUCAUAACAUGGUAACAUUCUGAUGUCAGGCCUGUAAUGGAUUUUUUUUAUAGACAUUUGGACUUAUCCUAAAAAGACCUUCAUUACACCUACAGAAUAGCUUCUGUAUGGGCAUUUAAGGCCUGAUAUACCAGAUAAUUUCAUUUGAAACCUCAUUAACAUCCUAAAAUAAUGGAUGAUAUGAAUGCACCGUGGUUGUUGAAAGCUGCAGUAUAACAGAGAGUGGUAAUUAGUAUUUUCCCUUGGGUUAAACUCAAGAUGUCCUGCUGUAAUGCACAGUAGGUUGCUCUCUCUCUCUGUGUGUGUGUGUAUAUUUGUGUGUGUGUGUGUGUGUGUGUGUGUGUGCAAAUGUGUGUGUGUAUAUGUGUGUGUGUGCAUGUGUGUUUUUGUGGUAGACAGGUGGUUUAAGGUUAAAAACAAAUUGACAAAGCUCAUUUGCCAGUGCCAUCUUGCACAUCUGUAUAGACCUGAGUUGUAACUACUUCCUGUUUUCUCUGUGUGUUUCUAGGUGAAGGAUGAGAGGAAAGUCCAGGAGUUAUUUGACCUGGCUGACUACGAACGCUCUGAGGAGCUGCGCAAGGCUAAGAGCCGCAGUAAGAAGAACCACAGCAGGUUCACCCUGCUCCGCUGCAAGCAGCCUGGGAAUACGGUGAGUCCUUCUGCCCAGGGAGAGUGAAGGAGUCAGGCAAGGAGGCUCAGCAGGGCCUGGGGUGUGUAGGCCUCAGUGGAAAGCCCUUACUGCAGGUGUUGAUUUUAGCUGAAAAUGCACUGAGAAGUUUUCUUUUACUGAAAACUGAAACUUGAGGCAAGCCUAUCAUCAGACAUAGUUUGUGGUUUUCUGUAAAGAGAGAGUAUGAAACAUUCAGUACAAGUUCAAAUCAAAUCAAUCAAAUUGUAUUUGUCACGUUUCGUAUACAACAGGUGUAAAUAACAGUGAAAUACUUACUUACGAGUCCUUUUCCAACAAUGCAGUGGCUACGGUACUAAGUUUUUGUAUCCCAAUAGAGAGAAAUAGUAAUGGCUUCUUUUCUAGGCACUAAUUCACCAUGCUUCAUUUGACAAAGCCUAUGAGAAAAUCCUAUGUUCAAGAAUGUCCUUAUUCCCUUUAUUCAGAUUACAACCUCUCACUUUCAGUUAUUUGAAAAGGAAAUAAUCUCCCAAAUAUCACUAUUUCUAAAACAAGCCAUAGAAAGUUGGUUGCAAUUUCAAUUUCAUCCACCAGAAACAACAGAACAAAUAAUACAACAAAUAUUGUGGUUAAACUCAAAUAUACUAAUUGAUAAAAAAAACAUUAUUUUUUGAAAAAAUGUUUAAUAAAGAUAUAAUCUUCGUAAAUGAUAUCAUAGGUAGGACUGGUGGAGUUAUGUCGCACAUGCAGCUAACAACAAUUACAACCAACUAAUUGCAGCGUUACCGCAAAAAUGGAAGAGGAAUGUGGAAGGGGGGAAAAGUAAGGAACUUGUCUGUCGGCCCUGCAUUAAAGACCAUAAUUGGUUAAAGAAAAUUGUGAUAAAUAAAAAAGUAUACCAGUUUCAUUUAAGGACCAAAAAAUUGACAGCCGUCCCAUAUAGAUUACAAAAUAGUUGGGAAGAGAUUUUUGACGUACCAAUUCCAUGGCACAUGAUUUAUGAACUGAUACGCAAAACGACGCCGGAUUCUAAACUUAAUUUAAAUUAUUAUACAAAAUUCUUGCAACCAAUAGAAUGUUAUUUAUAUGGGGGAUACAACCUUCCCAUCUCUGCAGAUUUUGCUGCGAAGAGACCGAAUCAUUAGAUCAUUUGUUUUGGUAAUGUCCAUAUGUAGCUUGUUUUUGGUCACAGGUCCAGGAAUGGCUGAAGAAUUGCAAUAUUUACCUGGAGCUAACCCUGCAGAUAGCACUACUGGGUGAUCUGAAAAGUCAUAGUCAAUUGAUAAAUAAUAUAAUAAUACUUUUAACAAAAAUGUUUAUUUUCAAUCUGUAGAAACAAUGAGAAUAGAAAGGUUCAGAACUUUGAAAAAUAGUUGAAAGAAAAAAAAGCACAGUUGAAAAAUAUAUGGCAAAUAGAAAUCCAAUAUGGAUGAGAGAUAGAUGGGAGGGGUUGAAUGGAGCUGAAGGUUGGGACUAAUAACAAAUAAUUACAACAACAUAACUAAUGUAAAACAUACUGUGUCCGUAAAACGUAUAUAGGUUAUAGGUUAAGAACUUUUGUGAAAGAGCACAGUUUGAAAGAUAUGGCAACUAAAAAUCAAACCGGAUGGACAUCAGAAAUAGAUGGGAGAGGUUGAGGGUAGAGGAAGGACAGGAGUAAAAACAAACAAAAUAAUUGUCCAUAAAAUGUAUAUAGGAUGUAUAAGCUGGAAGUAGAGUCCUAAGCGAUGUUGUUCACUAGUUUACUCCAAUUAGGGUAGGGGUGGUAGGGUUAAAAAGUAAUAAAGGAAACCUUUGACUGGUAGUGUAUAUAUUUGCAAAUAAAUAUAUGGGGGAUUGGAAGUGAUGCAGACAAUUACAUUGAUGGAAGCAACAAUCUAUCUGCAAUAUUAAAGGUGAUCUACCCCCUAAAAAUACAAAUAAAAUAAAAGCCUAUGGGAAAAUCAAUGGUCGAAAAUAAGGUAUGUGGUAAACACAGGCUUAGGAGAUCUUGAAGCAUUUAUGUAAUAAAAAAAAGCACAUUAAGGCUUCAUAAUUCAUAAAGGUCAUGUUAACUGACUGAUAUUAUCUCAUAAAACAAAACGUAUAAGAUCUCCUAAGCCUGUGUUAACCUCAGACCUUGUUUUCUGCUGUGCCCACUUCGCUUCCUAUGUAGCUGCUGUGCUGAGUGAUUCGCUGCUGGUCCCCGUCUUUGAUCGCCUUUGUCUGGUCAAUAGUGUAGCCUACAAACUUCAUGUUGUACACAAAACUGUUUGAACUAUUGCAUUCCAUGCCUCAGUAAGCAUAAGCUGGAUUUCAUGUUAUUUUUUCAGGAGGGGAGUAGGCUACAUGCAGCUAUUUAUAUGUUUUACACAAAAUACAUUAUCAACAUGUACAAACUUUGUUGUCGGUAUUGCAUACAUAAGCACGACACAAACAGAAACCUUAAGAAAGAGGUUUCAGGAGGGGCGGGCGGGGGCAGGGCAUUGGCGAAAACUCUGUAUUCGUAGCCACAGCCUAAAGAUAAAGACACAAAAAUUAAAAAUAGUGGCACGAGGAAUAAUUUGACAGUGAAUAACAAUAAAGAGUAAAAAUAACAUGGCUAUAUACAGGGAGUACCAGUACCGAGUCGAUGUGCAGGGGUACGAGGUAAUUGAGGUAGCUAUUGGUAGGGGUAAAGUGACUAGGCAACAGGAUAGAUCAUUGACAGUAGCAGUAGCGUACACUCGGUGGGCAGUUUAUUAGGUACAUCACCCAGUUCACAAAAAUGGUUAGCUCCUACAGACAGUGAGUCACGUGCGCCGGUUCCACUAUCUCAAAACUGGCUGGCCUCCUGGGCUUUUUAUGCACGACAGUGUCUAGGGUUUACCGAGAAUGGUGCGACAAACAAAAAACAUCCAGUCAGUGGCAGUCCUGUGGGCGAAAACAGCUCAUUGAUGAGAGGUUGAUGGAGAAUGGCAAGAAUCGUGCAAGCUAACAGGCUGGCCACAAACAGGCAAAUAAUGGUGCAGUACAACAGUGGGGUGCAGAACGGCAUCUCGGAACGCACAACUCGUCUGUCCUUGUCACGGAUGGGCUAUUGCCGCAGACGACCACACCGGGUUCCACUCCUAUCAGCUAAAAACAAGAAGAAUCGGCUCCAGUGGGCACACGAUUCUACCAGCUUUCAUAGUCUCAUGUCAGAAUUAGACGUUCAUCCAUGUUUCUCAAACGUCAAAUUUCGAAGUUGUUCCAAACGUCAAAUUUCAAAGUGUUUAAGGUUAAGUUUAGGCAUUAACUCCAAAUUUGUACGGUUAGGGUUAAGUUCAGGCAUUAACUCCAAAUUCUUAAGGUUUGGCAUUAACUCCAGAUGGUUAAGGUUUGGGAUAGGCUUAAAACAAGAAUAUCAAAAGCAACUUUCUAUCGCUGGAUUUGGGCUUGCAACCUUUGGAAUCAGAGGUACGCCCAUCUACCAUCCUCAUCCACAGCACCCUAGCAAAACCGAAACCUACUCGAAGGUAACAACGCUCACUGUUGCCCCUAGUGGCCAGUUUCCACGUAUUCUCCUGACAUCCUCAGACAUGAACAGACGUCGAAUACUGACUUGUAUCACAGGUGACCUGGCUGCGCGAUCACCAACAAUGGACGAUUGAGGAGUGGAAAAACAUCACCUGGUCCGACGAAUCCCGGUUCCUGUUGCGUCAUGCUGAUGGCAGAGUCAGGAUUUGGUGUAAGCUGCAUCAGUCCAUAGCCCCAUCCUGCCUAGUGUCAAUAGUACAGGCUGGUGGCGGUGGUGUAAUGGUGUGGGGAAUGUUUUCCUGGCACACGUUAGGUCCCUUGAUACCAAUUGAGCAACGUUUCCAUGCUCCGAAGAAUUCAGGCUGUUCUGAAGGCAAAGGGGGAUCUGUCUGACCCGGUACUAGAUGGGUGUACCUAAUAAACUGGCCACUGAGUGUAUGUGGUAAGUGUGUGUGUGUGUGUGGUGUCAGUAUGCAUGUGUGCGCAUGUUAUGUGUGUGUGUGUGUAUGUGUGUGUUGGGGUAUCAGUGUAAGUAUGUCUGAGUGUGUGGGUAGAGUACAGUGUGUGUGCAUAGAGUCAGUGCAAGAGAGUUAGUGCAAAAAAUCUGUCUAGCUGAUGGAAUAUAUUCAUUUUACUCCUUGGAAGAUUAUAUGGUUGUGUUGCCACAUUGGAUCGGACAUUAACACACCCCCACCACAGACCGGGAUUGGUGGAUUUUUCCAGAAAUACAUAAUCCACAGAAUCCCAUUACCUCUGAAGAGGCAAUCUCUAUAACGCCCAAAUCCUACAGAGAUUUCACUCAACAGUUGUCACUUCUGACUAGGGCUGUUGCGGUGACCGUAUUACCGCCACACCGGCUGUCAUGAGUCAUGAAGGCAGUCAAAUUCCACCUGACCAUUUAGUCACGGUAAUUAUGCUUCUCCAAGCUUUGAUGAUACUGAUGGUCAUUAGUAGCCUACCAAACUUGCUAACUGCCUGGUACUCAGCACUCUAUUGUCCCUUUAAUCACUCUAACAUCAAUGCAAAUGUAUUCGAAAAUGAGAGCUCAUGAGCUCAUUUCUAUAGGCGAUGCAAUUGCGCGAGAAAACAGAGUGAUGGCCUCUACUAAAAAUAAGAGGAUCCCAUCAGCUUUCUAUAGAUUAGGCCUACUAUAUUUAUUUCUCAACUUUCCUAAUAUUAAGCACAUUGUUUAUCUUUACAACAGGAGUAUAGCCUACCUGGCUGGCAUGAAAAUGAACCACAGGAAAGCGUCCUCCAUUCGCUAUUUAAGUGCAUAGAUUAUGUGUUUUUUCCCGCUGCCCCUGUUUCGAGACAGGUGCAUGAUAGUGGUCCAUUCUAAAUCAAAACAAAUUUCACACAGAUAUUAUUUAGUAUAUGUAAAGACAAGAUUUAAUCAAGAAAAGUCUGAUGGGUGACAAUAUUAGCCUAUCACUUGUGAAUGAUGCCCAGCAUAAGAAACUGCCUUUUUUUUGCUACUUUUUCUAAUCAUAGUCGCACACCUUAUGUAGCCUAGCCCAUAGGCCUAUAUGUUUUGAUAAGGUUUGUAUCACAUCUAAAGUGGCCAAAUAACUUCUUAAAAUUAAGCACAUUCAUCCGCUUUACAAGGGGUUUAGAGCCUAACUGGCAUACAUAAGCAGCGCGUGAGUUUAAAGUUUGGGGAAGAUAAUUUUCACCAUAAAAAUGCACCUUUAUAAUAAAAGCAUUACUGCCAUGUGCGCAUUGCUGCUCUUAUAAUGUGAAGAAAUAGCCUAAUAGUUUAUCAACAUUUUAAGCUAAACAUUCUGAUCUGUUGCGUCAGCCACAUUUUUUUUUUAUGCUAGUGGUUGUAUUAAUUUGGGAUCUAUUGCACCCCACAACUGUCCCAGACUAUGUUUGGAAUAUUUAUUUCUCGCACAAAAUAAAAUAGGUCAACUUUUGUACUAUGGGGGAUAGUAGAUUGACAUAGGCUAGGGCUUUUGCUGUUUGUUAGGCCUACUCAUCUUGUUGGCUGACAAAAAGUAAAUGUGGACAGUUCUUCCAAUAUCUUCAAUAUGCACCUCGGAAUUGGAUAAGGACGCGCACAGUUGCGUCCCGAUGUGUCUGUCUUCACUUGUAGCCUGUGAGCAUGACCCGAUCACUGUGAUGGAGAGCCAUGUGAGUGAGAGGCGCUUCGGAAUGCCACGCACUCAGGGAGAAGGGCACAACACAGCACUCCGGGCCACAAAAGGCAUGGAUUUUUUUAGGGUGCAUUACAGCCACAAAGGGGAUGUCGCCGUGAAAUUCAAGGCAUUAUCAAGUGCUUGUCAAAUUGUGAGUGAGAGACUAUUGAAGUGUGUACAGCCUGCGCAAAAAACAAAGCAGAGCUUAUGCCUUUCAAGCGAUUUUUUUCAAAUCAUCGUUAGUCUCAUCAUGCAGCCUUACAAUGUAUUAAAAAUCAAAACAUAUAGCCCAACGUUUGUAGAACAACUACAGUUACAUUAAUAACUCUAAAUUAAGCAUAUAGGAGUACCUAUUUCUUUAACUGCUCAACACAGAAUAGCCGCACUCCCUCAAAUCGUUUGGAGAAAAUAUUGAUAUUUUAUUCAGCUUUGUUCAAUUGUAUUCUUCAUACUAUAAAAUAAUAUAAAAUAGUGCCACGGAAUUCCAAGCAAAUCUUGUCUGCUAAAUGAACUAGUGUAGCCCACAGCCAUUUGGCAUAGCCACAUCAGGACCUAACAUAAGGACAACUCAGAGUAUACUAUUAUUUUCUUUUGAAAUAGACUUCAUAUCAUGCUUCUUUAGACCUGUCUAAGAUACAUCAUGGAUUUAUUGUGAAGGUGUAGGCUAUAUUACAUGGAUUUAUUAGACUUUUUAAAAUGUAGAUGUUCCAAAGGUCUGCAUCAGUGGCUAUGUGUGGAAGCCAGGAGAUGCUGAAUGUUUUUAUGUUAAUUAACGGUCAAUUACCGUGAGACCGACAGUUAUUUGCUUGACAAUCACUGGCUGAUGAAAUUUCGUGACCAUCACAGCCUUACUUCUGACCCACUGCAGUUCUUGUACGGCACCUGCUGGUGGUUCAUUUUGCAUCAUUAUUCACUGUCUUAGUGUGAUAUCCUAGGGGGAAGUGUGUGUUUGAGAGAAGAUUGCAAGUAUAUACAAGGACAUGUAAUUGGAGGGCAGGUGCUCAAUUUACCUGUUUCUGUCGAGCUUUGCAGAGAUUUUUCCUCCUGUUUACAGCUUAGACCCUGCUCUAGAUAAGAACCAUCUUUAACAUAAUUCUUUGUUAAUGCAUUUAAUGAGGCGCAAUCCCCUUUUCUUGGCGAUUUAGGCAAAGCCGCCCCAUUAAGCUUUCUGUCCCCCUCUCCAUCUCUCACACAUUGGCUACAUUCCGACUCUCCCUCCAGCCAAUGCUUACACCAAUUUAUUCCUUUAAAUCCAUGAUGGGAGUGUGGAAGUGCACACUUAAGAAGAAGGGGUGGAGUAGCCUAAACUUUCUCCAUCUUCUUUCAACCAAUCAAUUGAUUCUUUCCUUUUUUUCUUCAGGUGCCCAAUCUUGUGUUUUUGGCCGUUAGCCCCGAGGAGAAGGAAUCGUGGGUCAAUGCCCUCAAUACAGCCAUCAUCAAAGCCAAGAACCGCAUUUUUGAUGAGGUAGGUCAGUCACUCUUCUCCUCUCUUUCCCUGUCCCUAUUUCGCUAGCUCUCAUUUCUCCCCAGCUUUCAAGAGCUUUUCUUAUUUCUCUCUCUCGUUAGCGUGUCUCUCGUGCAACAUUUAUGAUUUAAAAUGAAACCACCACAACUCAAAACGCCUCCACAGCCAGCCCUAAAAGGUUUCCAGACAAAUUUAACCUUGCAGUUACUAAGCACACUGUAAAAUUGGUGAAUUUGGACAAAAGCAGAGUCUACAUCUUUCAAUACGGGAAACACGUAAGUUGUAUCUCCCCAGGCGUGGAUGAGAGAUUGAAGUGUUUCCUCUUUGACUCAUCCAUCUCUGUCGGGAGUCCUCGUUAAUGCUCCGUCCCUGCCGACGCCCACCUGUUUUCCCAGUGGCUCUCGAUCAAACAGUGGCUCACUCCCCAUCACACACUAUGGGGUGAAAAUCCAUCUUCCAUAGCUAGAGAUUGUCAAGAAGUGAGAAUGAACUCUGAAGCAUGUCUGCUGCCCCGAUUGUGAGAAUCCUCUGUGUCAAGCAAAUGGUGUGAAGUACUCUAAUGUACUCGAAUGUAUAUCAUGUUCUGUACAUUACAUCUACAACCUCAUACUCUCCCUCCACAAAUAUACAUUUCUGUUAUGCCGAUUGUCAAAAAAUCACUCUGUCUCUUUCUGAUUGUCUCCAUAGGUCACAAUUGAAGAGGACAGUGUCCUGGUGCACCCUACACGUCAUCGUGCCAAGAUUCCCCAUGCACGGCGCUUGCCCACCCGGGGACAUCUCAUGGCUGUGGUGGGUGUUGCUACCUUGGCUAACAUUGAUAAUUCAGUUCCAAGUCAAUAUUAUAUUUUUGGAAGGCAAACAAGGAAUUGUACUGUUUGUAUUGUAAGGAUUAUCCUGGUCUGUUGCGUUGAAUGCUAAACUCUCUUGUGCUCUCCCUAGGCAUGCACCUCCUCAGACGGAAUGUUGACACUUGACCUUGUCCACGAGGAAGAUGACUCCACCCCAGAAGAUGUGGAAGAAGGCUUCUGGGAAAAUAACUUCAGGGUUGACCUAGACAAACGGACCACAGGUCGUCAGCGUUCUGGCACAGACGUCUCCAAACUCCGUGUCACCACAAAGGACCAAAGGGUACCCAAGACGGGCAGCCUGCCUCGUGGGAGUGAGCUCUCCUGGGACCGGACGCACCAUCUUGAGGCUCAGUCCCGCACUCCUCCACCAGGGAAGAGGUUCAGUGCCCAGGGUAGGAGCCGCUGCGCCUCCAUGGACGAGGUCCUUUCCUCACGGCCAGUCAGGGGUGUCCUUCACCCUCGCCCCACAGAUGAACCUGUCCAGCCUGUCGGACCACUGCAGAGUCUUAUCGCCCAGAAAAUGCAGAGGGCUCAGGAACUGCUGGAAGAAAUGCGAUUGGAGGAACUGCAACGUGCAAAGGGCUUAGACUCGCCCUAUCUAAAGGGCAUUGACUCACCCCGCUUGCAUCAUCUAAGAGGCUCUGAGUCUCCUCACUCCAGGGCCUCAGGUUCACCUUGCAGUAAGAGUAGUGACUCCCCUCGUUUCAGGGGGAAAGACUCACUUCGUACGAAGGGCAAGAAGUCCCGCUCAAAAGGUACAGACUCACCCCAUUCAAAGAGGGCUGACUCUCCUAAUUUGAGGAGUAAUGACUCUCCGCGACUUAGGGUUACUGACUUGCCCUUUAGGAAGGUUUCUGAUUCUUCCAGUUUCAAGGAAACAGACUCGCCAAGUCUGAAGGGUUCUGACUCCCCACGUCUCAAGAAAAUUGGCUCACCCUUUUCAAAAAGUUUUGACUCAUCAAGUCUGAAGGGUUCUGACUCACCUCGUAUCAAGGAUACUAUUCUGAGGGGUAAGGACUCGCCAAAUAUAAUUGGUAAGAAUUCUCCAAGUCUGAAGAGUAUCGGCUCACCUCUGAAAAGUGCUGACUCGCCUCGUCUGAAGGGUAAUGACUCGCUCCAUAGUAAGAGUGCAUACUCACUUCUCAGUGACUGUGAUUUGGAGAGUAGACGGGCGGAGGCGGAGCGACUUCUGCAGGAGGCCGUCUCCUCCUGGCGUCAGGCUAAGGAGGUGCUGGAGGAGGUGAAGGAGCUGCAGACGCAGUCACUAAACCGCCGCUCCGAAAAGAAGACAAUAGACAGGACCCCAACACCGCCACAGGACUAUAGGCUGGAGGACCCAUUCCUCUUGUCGCCACCACAGCUGAAAAGCACGCUGGCUUGUCUCCAAACAAAGAUACAAUGA